AAAUAUUUAGCAAGAGAGAGGAAAAGGACGAAAAGAAUGUCUGUUGAUCAAUACUGGAGGGAUUCCAAGUUGCGUUAUUGCCUCGUUAAUGGCAUCUAUUUGAACGCAAAUGACUCUAACGAACUUGUUAAGGUAUUAUGCUAAUCGGUUGGAAGUACAUCAACGGCACUCUCAAGGAAGGUUAAGUUUGGGCUGGAUACUAUGUCGAAACUCAAGCCCGUAGCUGGACCCGAUUAUCUUUUCCUACUGCUCGCUCAACAUUGAACUCGCGAUGAAUACGUGUUUCCCACUGAAGAUGAUCAACAUGAUGUAGCUACAAUAAUGCUGUUUCAACCUACACGGGAGAUAACCCUGUAGAGUUUGUUCACUCGUCGAUGGGUAAAGCUAGUAAAGAUCUUUUCGGCGGAGAAACUGCGAGCAGGAAGCGGCCUGCGAAGUUCAUGCAUAAUGACUUUGGCGGCCAGAUUGCUUUCGACGAUGAUGUUUCUGAAUACAACGAUGAUAAUCCCGACAACAGAAUGGAUUAUCGAGGCGAUCCUGACAACGGGUAUGAGAGGUAGACGAUACCUGUCUGUGAAAAAGGGUGGACGGCGGCUAUACUGUGGAGACUGGGAAGCUCACAGCAGCUCUACAUGGAUGCUUAAUAUGGUAAAUCCUGAGAAACAAUAAGAAGGUACAAAGCAUCCAUUUGCCUCUGGAUACGAAGCCUAAAGGCGAAGAUCUUCUAGCCAUGGAACUUCAUUUACAAUGUCAUAAAGGGGUUGACAAGAACUUAAGCAUACAUACCCGAUAUCCCAUAUCCUUGAUCGCGCGAUUCACGUUAACGAUCCUUGUGCAUGGCUAUGAAUCCGUCGAGCCCUUUUUUAGCACGGAUUUAUACAGUCAGAAUAGGAAGGCUAUGAAGGUCCACUGGAAGUCCGAGUGGCUCAAAGUACAGAUCUUUGGAAGCUCGGCUUGCUCCGCUACCUAAGACAGAACCAAUGACCUACUCAACUUACAUAUUUUUAUAUUGAUCGUCUAGGAAUAGACUCUGGCUUUGAGCAUAAGCUCACCAACUAAUUUUUCGAAGUGGCACUGCAAAUGCUAUCAACAUUACGUAUCUUGGGCUGACUGUUCCAAUUUGAACUAA